AUGUUAUCAAUUACUAGAUUAAGAGGCUGUUUGUUAGCUUCAAGAGGGACCAUAGUGCCCAGUCUCAGACAGAAAUCAUUUUCUCCCCUUGCAUUUUAUACUACCCAAGCAUCAUCAUCUAAUAUAACCAAUAAUUCUUCAACGGCUGAUUAUUAUUUAUCAUCUGAUAGAAUCACUGAAAAGGAUUUAAACUCCAGAAAGACCUAUUUAAUGGAUUUAUAUAAACAUAUCAAUGAUACCAAUGAAAUCUUAUUAUACGUCCAUCAUAAUAAUUUAAAUAAAGCUGAUAAUAAGAUUGUUAGAUCUGAAUUAUCCAAAAUUAAUAAUUCAACUUUUCAUUAUCUCAGAGUUGGAAUAUAUAGAGUGUACCUUAGAAAUGAAACUGAUUCCGAUCCUGCUGCCAAGGGAGUGACUUCCAAAUAUAAGGAUGUAGAUCAUCCUUUAUCUCCCCUUUUAAAUGGGCCAACUGCUAUUAUAUCGAUUCCAAAGGGUGAUCCUGAAAAUGUCAGUAAAGUCCUUAAAUUAAUUAAGAAACAUCAAGAUAGAUUGAUUUUAAUCGGGGCUAAAGUUGAAAAAUCGGUGUAUGAUAUUGAUCAAGUUAAUGUUUAUAAAGAUUUACCUGAUCAAUUAACUUUACAAAGUCAAUUAGCAGGUUUAUUAACUAUAUUAGGAGGAGCUGGAUUAGUUAGAACUUUAGAAACUGCUAGUACUCAUUUAUAUUUAACUUUAGAAGAAAGAAGAAAAGACAUUGAUCCAAGUGAGAAGAAGGAAGAAGAAGAAGGUAAUUAA